UUUAGUUCUUAUUUGGGAAAAUGUUUUGUUUUGUAAUAAAUUUGAAUAAUAAUUGAAGUCAAUAUCAAUAAUUAUUCAAAAAAUUCUUAUUAUAAAAUAAAGUAUAACUCAAUCUUAACAAUGAGUAGAAAUAUUUAUUGUUUUUCUAAAUCUUUUCUGUCACAAAUACAAAAAAUAUCUUCCACUAGGUUAUAUGGAAGAUGGAUGCAUAGGAAACCAGCUAAAGUUUUAUUACCAUUCGAACCUGCCUCCCAAGUGAGCUUAAAAAAAGAGGAAGUUAUUGAUAUCGGUACUGAUGGUUUCAAACAGAACAAAAAUGAAACAAACGAAACCAAAACUGGCGGUGUCAAAAAGAACAAAAAUGAAACAAACAAUCCACUCAUGCCGGUAGCAAGUCAAAAUAACUUUAAGCUAUUAAAGGAAAAGAAGAAUAUUGAAUUGAAAAAAAAGAAGUUCUAUUUGAGUCAAAAAAAAGUAUUUGAUGAUAAAGGUGAAAUUAUUUAUGAAAAGUUAAAGGAAAAUGAUGGAAGAAUAAGUAAUCUUCUUGUGAAACUAAAGUCUAAAAAGGAAAGAUUAAGAGAGGGGCAAAUGUUAGUUGAAGGCUGGAGAUUAAUUGUUGAUGGCUUAGAAGCAAAUUGUAUUCUAAAAUAUGUAAUAUUCAGCCGCAUAGAAGAUUUAAAUAGUUUAAGGCCGUUCCUGCCUAAAACUGGAGUUCAGUUUUAUAAAAUUCCAUAUAAAGAAAUAGAAUUAUGGUCUGAUGUAGAGACAUCACCUGGAAUCUUUGGUGUAUUUGAAAUUCCUAAUGUUGACAAUAUUAAGAGAUACUCUAAUCCCAUACCACUGCAAUUUAUUUGUGAUAAUAUUCGCACACCGGGGAAUUUAGGGGCCAUUCUGAGGGCUGCUGUAGGAGUUGGAACAGAAAAGAUUUUGCUUACAAAAGGCUGUGUUGAUCUUUGGGAUCCAAAAGUUAUACGAAGUGCAUCAGGAGCUCAUUUCAGACAACCAAUCCAUACUUCAGUUGAUUGGGAAGAAUUGCCUAAUUUAUUGGACCAAGAUACAUCAAUAUUUAUAGCUGAUAAUAACACUAAUAUACCAGAAACAACAGAGUUAGAAAAUGUGAUUGGCAACAAUUUACCGGUAUUGCCAUAUUACGGCAUUGAUUAUGCCAAUUUGAAACAUGUAACACUAAUAAUAGGAGGAGAAACUGAAGGAAUAAGUGAAAACAGCUACAGAUUAGCUGCAAACAAGAAUGGACUUCGGUUAAAUAUACCGCUGCAGAAAGGGGUUGACAGCUUAAAUACUGGAAUGGCAGCAGCUGUUAUAGCUUUCGAAAUCAAGAAACAAUUUAUUCAAGCAUGGUCAAAACGUAAAUUGAAUCAAAUAGAGAAUACUGUGACUUAGGUGUCACAGUAAAUUAUAAGUCAUGAUGGAUAGAUAUGUUAUAUUUACAUAAUAGAAACUGAAAAUAAAACUUACCUAUGUAUUGUU